UUUCCUUCUUCGUCUGUGGGAACACCUAUGCUGCUCCGUAUCUAGUCUGGGAGGCAGGCAACGAAACCCAGAUAAGAGUGUUGAGGAGAAGAAAAAAAGUUGUUUUUGCAAAUUGUAACGCAAUUUCGCUAAACUUGAAGUUCAUGUAAAUUCGUGGGGAAAAAAGAAGUCUGACAUGUAACCUUAAACUGCUGGAUACUUUUUCUGACUUUAAAAAAUCAGUUUAAGAAGCUGUAAAAAAAAAAAAAAAAAAGGCUCACUGGAUUCCAAGACUGACAUUGAUCAGAUGAUGGAGGGGUACGGUUAUGAACACUUUGGUGCAGAUGGAUCAAGUGGAAGCCAGCAGGUGAAUUAUCACACAGUCGUGGGAGAGACUCAGCCACAGCGUACCAGUGUUUCACCUCGGGAGGGUGAGCUUUAUGUCCGGCAAACCUCCCACGGCCAUGGACACGAAACUGCAGCCCAGCGAUACAGUGCCACGCGCAUCCAGGCCGGCUUAGGCCCAGAGAGCAUGGCGGAUUACUUAAUCAGUGGUGGUACAGGCUACGUGCCUGAGGAUGGACUUUCGGCUCAGCAGCUCUUCUCGAUUGGAGACGGCCUUACAUACAACAGAUCUGACCAACAGUGCGUUGUCUCCGAUGGUCAUACGGCUGAAGAGCUAUGCUCUAAAGGAGAUGGGUUGACUUACAAUGACUUCCUGAUUCUCCCUGGGUUCAUCGACUUUACCUCAGACGAAGUGGACCUGACAUCAGCGCUGACCAGGAAGAUCACAUUGAAGACCCCCCUCAUCUCUUCCCCCAUGGACACGGUCACAGAGUCGUCCAUGGCGAUUGCUAUGGCGCUAAUGGGAGGCAUUGGCAUCAUUCACCACAACUGCACACCGGAAUUCCAGGCAAAUGAGGUCCGCAAGGUCAAGAGGUUUGAGCAGGGUUUCAUCACAGACCCGGUCGUGAUGAGUCCGCGACACACAGUCGGGGACGUGUUUGAGGCCAAAGUAAGGCAUGGCUUCUCCGGUAUUCCUGUCACGGAGACGGGCAAAAUGGGCAGCAAGCUUGUGGGCAUCGUCACCUCUAGAGAUAUCGACUUUCUCUCUGAAAAAGAUCAUGACAGACCCCUGGAAGAGGCUAUGACAAAGAGGGAUGAGUUGGUUGUGGCUCCAGCUGGUGUUACACUGAAAGAAGCCAAUGACAUCCUGCAGCGCAGUAAAAAAGGCAAGCUGCCCAUUGUAAAUAACAACGACGAGCUGGUGGCCAUCAUCGCCAGGACGGAUUUAAAGAAGAACAGGGACUACCCGCUGGCCUCCAAAGACUCGCGCAAACAGCUGCUGUGUGGAGCCGCCAUUGGAACCAGAGAGGACGACAAGUACAGACUGGACCUGUUGGUGCAGGCUGGGGUGGAUGUCGUCGUACUGGACUCUUCACAAGGAAACUCCGUGUAUCAAAUCAACAUGAUCAAUUAUAUUAAACAGAAGUAUCCAGAAAUACAAGUGGCAGGUGGAAAUGUGGUCACAGCAGCCCAGGCCAAGAAUCUGAUUGAUGCUGGUGUCGAUGCACUGCGGGUCGGGAUGGGCUGCGGCUCCAUCUGCAUCACACAGGAAGUCAUGGCGUGCGGGCGGCCCCAGGGUACCUCGGUGUACAAGGUAGCAGAGUACGCCAGGCGUUUCGGUGUUCCAGUCAUUGCUGACGGCGGCAUUCAGACUGUGGGUCACGUGGUGAAGGCGCUGUCUCUGGGAGCAUCAACUGUUAUGAUGGGCUCUUUGUUAGCGGCAACCACUGAGGCGCCGGGAGAGUACUUCUUCUCAGACGGUGUGCGGUUGAAGAAGUACCGCGGUAUGGGCUCCCUGGACGCCAUGGAGAAGAGCACCAGCAGCCAGAAACGCUAUUUCAGUGAGGGCGACAAGGUGAAGGUAGCUCAGGGUGUGUCGGGCUCGGUCCAGGACAAGGGCUCCAUUCACAAGUUUGUACCGUACCUGAUCGCCGGCAUCCAGCACGGCUGCCAGGACAUCGGCGCAAAGAGUCUCUCUGUCCUCCGUUCCAUGAUGUACUCUGGAGAGCUGAAGUUUGAAAAGCGAACCAUGUCUGCACAGGUGGAGGGAGGAGUUCAUGGUCUUCAUUCUUACGAGAAGCGGCUUUACUGAUCAGGAGUUGGGGGGGGGGAAACAAAGUCCACUCCGUCGGUGCACGUGACACACCCAAUCCAACAGUGACCAAAUAUUAAAUCGCCACAACAACAAAAAUCCGCACCACCCACUACACCCUCUCUGGCCUCCCCGACAUCGUACCCACUGUUACACUCUCUCUGAUCCAAGCCUGCUGCUUCGGGGAGAAAAGAGGCACCAUGGUGAAGUGAGAAACCUUCAAACUGACACCUUUCUUUCUGAACACCUGGGAUUUUGCACUCAAGAGGCGGCGCAUCAGGGUUUUCCAGAACGACACAAACACCUUGUAUCUUGAGUAUGCAUUCGAUCCCACUUUUUUUGCGUGUGUAUGUUGAUAGUAGUGAGAUUGAAUUGCGUGCGUGUUUGGUGAAUGGAGGGUAGCGUGCGUCUGAGGCUCUAAUGUUAAAAAUGUGUUUUGGGACAAAGGAAGUGAAGUCUGCACUGGGUUUAUUUACCCUGUUUAAAGUAGUGAAUCUGAAACAGCCAUGGCGCAAAACCUAUCAGCAUAUUUUGCGGAUCUAAGCUUACCAGCUCUUCCCCGCCAGAAGCCUUUCACAUCCCAGAUCUUAAACACACAAGUACUUAUGUGCAAACUACAAACACUUGUGUCCAAGUGCAGUGUCUCCAUGUACCAUUGCAAUCUUACCUUUUUUGUUUUUGCAUUACAAUUCAUCACAGGUACAUGCUGCUGAACAUUCAGUUGCAUUUUAUUUUCAGCUCAUAUUGCAUAUUGUUUACCUCUUCAAUGUGGAUUCUGGAGUAUGAAAUAUUGCCAUGAUGUUC